CCGAACGCCAACAAAAGAUUUCCGGAUUUUCGUUUCACCGGAUUUCGAUGAUGAAUCGGGGCAAAAUAACUUUCGGUAAAAUCAAGCUGAACUCAGCACCCUCCACCCAAGCCGUCGGCCAAGAUGAAGGGGAAAAUUCAGGUACAUCUGCGAAGACGGAAGCAUUCGGAUCGUUUGGCCGGAUAACUGAACUACCGACACAAUCGAACCUUACCGAUGCGUCGGUGGAGAAGAUUGCGGUCGACCUGGACAACAGCAAGCUACAGGAGGUGAUGGGCAUUUCUGGAUUCGGCCGUAAAGUGGCCAAGCAGUUCGACAUCAACGAGAUGGUGCAGCGUGCCAAACAGAACGCUCCGAAACCGGUUCUGGAUCCGGCCAGUAUUAACGAGGCAGAAGAACAACCUAAAAAUGACGACGAUGACGACGACAACGAUGAUGAUGGUGAUGACGAUGAUGAUGAGGACGAUGUGAUUGGGCCAGUGCCUACUACAGCUGCAGCAACAACAGGAAAAUCAGCAAACACCAAAAGCAAACGCGAUUCCGAUGAUGACGAUGACGACGACGAGCCGGAGGGUGAUUACGAUGAGGACGCUCCGAUCAACAAGCUACCACAUUCGCAUGAAGUCGAGAUGCGGCACGGUUCGAAAGCGAUCAUAGCGCUGGCUAGCGAUCCGUCCGGUGUACGAUUGGCAUCGGGCUCGAUGGAUUACAAUGUGAACUUUUGGGACUUUUCCGGUAUGGACAAAUCGAUGAAGAGCUUCCGAUCGUUGCAACCGUGCGAAAACCAUCCAAUCCGCGGUUUACACUAUUCCUUCUCCGGUGAUAUGAUGCUGGUCGUGUCGGGAAGCUCCCAGGCCAAGGUGCUCGAUCGCGAUGGGUUCGAGAAGAUGGAGUGUGUCAAGGGUGACCAGUACAUUACCGACAUGUCCAAGACGAAGGGUCACAUUGCGGGACUGACCGGUGGUUGCUGGAGUCCCGUUCGCCGGGAAGAGUUCCUGACAAGUGCCAACGAUGCCACACUGCGAACCUGGGUGUUUGCCAAGACGAAAGAGCAACGUGCAGUCAUCAAAACGCGAGCACAAGGUGGACUCAAAACGAACCCAACCUGCUGUACGUACAAUCGCGAGGGUACACUGAUAGCGGCCGGUUGUAGCGAUGGAUCGCUGCAAACCUGGGACACACGCAAGAUGUUUGUCCACACGACGCACUGCAUCCGGGAUGCGCAUGCAAAGGGAUCGGACAUUUCAUCAGUGCUCUUCUCGUACGCCGGCUUCCAACUGGCUUCCCGGUCGACCGAUGAAACGUUGAAGCUGUGGGACAUGCGAGCAUUCCGGAAACCGUUGCACGUGUUCGAUGGGUUGUUCAGUCGGUACGAUACGACCGAUUGCUGCUUCAGUCCUGACGAUACGAUGAUACUGACCGGGGAAUCGCUACCGAAGGGUGCCCAGCAGGCCCAUCUGUACGUGUACGAUACGAAAACGUUCGAUCAGGUGACCAAGCUUCCCAUAACGGAUUCGCACGUAAUCCGCACACUGUGGCACCCGAAAUUGAAUCAAAUCUUCAUCGGUUGCGGCAACGGAGUGAUUCGUGGAUUGUAUGAUGAAAAGCGCAGUAUGCGUGGUGCGAAGCUGUGCGUCGUGCGUACCCAUCGACGCAAGAAGGACUCCGAGAUCGUUAGCACAACGCAGAUCAUCACGCCGCACGCACUACCCAUGUUCCGGCAGGAGAAAACACGAUCCCUUCGUAAGAAGCUCGAGAAGGAACGGUUAGAUCCGGUGAAAUCGAAGCGUCCCGAUUUGCCCAUCACCAGUGGUCAGGGUGGACGUGUGGCCAGCUCCGGUGGUACCCUGUCGUCGUACGUGAUCCGUAAUCUCGGGUUAAGCAAGCGCGUAGAGGAUGAUCAGGAUCCGCGUGAGGCGAUCCUCAAGUAUGCGAAGGAAGCCGCCGAAAACCCGUACUGGAUUGCACCGGCAUACUCGAAGACGCAACCCAAACCCAUCUUCAACACGGAGGAUGAACCGGAUGCGAAGAAAGCGAAGGGAGAAUAGACGACUUCAAGGAGUGUGGUUGACAAUGAUUAAUAAACUAAACUAGAAACG